CGCGGGCGCGCACCGUACAGGGACCUUACACUCAUGCAAAUGAUGUGGGCUGCUCGGGGACGUGGUGAUCGGGAGCGAACAAAGCGCCACCCACCUACGUCUUCCACGCGCCGCACGUCUUGUUGAAUAUUCAUUCAAAGCCAAAGGGAGUUUUGUUGCUUUUACGGCGGGCGGCGUGUGAGGCUGCUUGGCGGCGGAGGAAAUGCUAGCAAGAUGGCGACGCUGAAGGAGGAUCAGUGCUAUGGACUGUCCUGCGGAAGGGUCGGCAGUGGCGCCAACAUCUCCGUCCUUCACGUGAAACUCACUGACAGCGCGUUGCGAGCCUUUGAGGGCUAUCAGAGUAACAAGAGCCUGUCGGCCCAUCAUCCCUCCAUCCAGUUCUCCGGAGCCCAGGGGAAGAUCGUCAUCCCGCGAUCGCUGAGCUCCAGCGAGGUGCAGACCUUCACCUUUGACCUCUCCAACGUGGGCAGGGACAACCCGCAGGGCAGCUUCGACUGCAUCCAGCAGUACAUCAGCAGUGAUGGGCGUGCGGAGCUGGCGCGGCUGGGCGGGAUCCAGGACAAGCUCACGGUGUGCGCCACGGACGACUCGUACCAGAAGGCGCGGCAGAGCAUGGCGCUGGCCGAGGAGGAGACGCGCAGCCGGGCUGCCAUCGUCAUCAAGCCCGGGGGGCGAUACGUGGGUAAAAAGGUGCAGGUGCGGAAGCCCGCGGGCAGCCUAUUGGACGUGGCCCCUUCGCGUCGGACGCCUCGGCCUGUCCUGAUCGCGGGGGGCGGGGCGGGGGGCGCGGCCGGGCGGGCGGCCCAGCAGAGGCCUCUUCGGGACAGGCUGACCCACCUGCUGGCCCUCAAACCCUACAGGAAACCAGAGCUCAUCCUGAGACUGAUGAAGGACGGCCUCUCCACCCAGGACAAGGACGCGCUGGACAGCCUGCUGCAGGAGGUGGCAAACCUGAACGGGAGAGACAGCACGUUCACGCUGAAGGACGGCCUGUUUAAGGAGCUGCAGACGGGCUGGCCGGGGUACAGCGAGGGGGACCAGCAGCUGCUCAGCAGGAUCCUUAAGCGGAAACUGUGUCAGUCCCAGAGCAGCCUCCUGGUCCCUGGAGUGACCCCGGGCACCCCCCCAAAAGAGCCGGCCAGCUGCUCCCCGUCCCAGAAACGGCCGGCCGGGGACUUCAUCGACCCCCUGGCCAAUAAGAAGCCCAGGAUCUCGCACCUGGCCAGCAAACCAGCAGGCUGCCCUCCCAACGGCAAGCUGAGCUCGUCCAAUGGGAAGGAGGCAGGGGCGGUGGGCGGGGCUCAGGCAGCCACAGCGGCGGUGGUGACGACGUCGGGGGACGGCCUUGGUGGCUCGCAGCUCCCCCUGCUGGUCGUGCCGCGCCCCUGCGACCUGCUCUCGGACCUCGGCCACGACUCGCGCCACGACGGCGCGCGUGCCAACGAGGGCCAGGAAGCGGCGGAGCGACUGGCCCCGCCCCCCUCCUGCCCUGCCUCUAGAGCCCCGCCCCCUUCUGCCCGUAGCCCCGCCCAUCUGCUGCUGGCCCCGCCCCCUCAGCCCGACUCCGCCUCCCUCCUGCACGGCAAGUCCAAGAAGAAGUCCAAAAAGCACAAGGACAAGGAGAAGGGGAAGGAGAAAGAGAGGGGGAGGAGGGGAGGAAAGGAGAGGACGGGAGAGCACACGGACAGCACUGACGGCCAGAAGAACAGUGUUUCACACACCAGCACAGAUCUGAAUGGAAUCUGUAAAAGCACCAGUAUUCCCACAUUGACGUCGGAGGUCGCAGACUACUUACUGAAGUACACAGCGAUUGGUUGUCAGGAGCAGAGGCAGCGGUAUAAGAAUGACUUUAACGUGGAGUACAGUGAGUACAGGGACCUGCACGCGCGGAUCGAGGGCAUCACCAGCCAGUUCAGCCUGCUGGACUCUGAGCUCAAGCAGCUGCAGCAGGGAACCGACAAGUACAAGACAAUCCAUAAUCAGAUUCUGGAGGAGUAUCGAAAAAUUAAAAAGACGAACCCCAACUACAGCCAGGAGCGGAACCGCUGUGAGUACCUGCACCACAAGCUGGCGCACAUUAAGAGACUCAUCUCCGCGUACGACCAGCAGCAAGUGCGCAGCUGGCGCUAACGCCGCUGGGCUCCUCUUCCUCCCCCCCCCCCCCCCCCCUCAGUUUGGGUGAGGGGGGGUGGGGGCAUAUGUAUUUGUGGAGAGCUUGUGGGGACUCAACCCGCAACGUUCCAGAACCUUCUUAUGGAAGUUGCGACCCGCGACGUUCCGGAGCGUUCUUGUGGAAGGUGCACCCCGCGACGUUCCGGAAUGUUCUUACAGAAGACGUGACGAUGGGGGGCGCUUGAUGGAUCUGCCCCUCGUUAGACCCUGGAAGCACUAACGAGGACGGCCCAGACCCGGCUGUUGUCUUUUUCUCAGUUUUUUUUUUUGUUUUUGUUUUUGUUUGGAGGUCGUCUGACGGUGGCUGUUCGGCUCUGUUUGGGUAGCGACACUGCAUUGGGAUGUUUCCAUUGGUUUUUUUGUUUUUGCUUUUUUUUUUUUCACGGAGAGGGGCUGUGAAAUGCACCCUCCCCCAAGUCCUGGAGGUGGAGGUGAUCCCCCAUCUGAUGAGUCAUCACACUGAUGAGUCAUCUGUGGACUGGACGGAGACGGAUGGUCAAAGCCCAGAUGCAUGAUGGGAACACAGGAUUUCCAUUCAACUGAUGAAAUAUGAAGUGAUGGAAUUAUUCUGUGCUCCUCCUGCCCCCCCAGAUUAACAGGAGGCCUGUGAAGCUGAACAGUUGUAUUAUAUUGUAAUGUAUUUUCAUUUUUCCCUUUAUUUUUUUAUUUAUUCCUUUUAUUUUCUGAGUUGCAUAGGGUAAUAUAUUCUGUUCUGAUUCUACACUCCUCCAUGUCAGUCCUCAAAACUGCAAAACACGAAACAAGCAUAUGAAAAAAAAAAGCCAACUGUAUCUCUUGUGUUUGUCUCCUCCCCCUCAACAUCAGACAGUAUUUCUGUGCACAACCAGCACGUGUCCUGUCAGUAUACUGCCCUCUACAGGCCAGCAUCAGUAAGAACAGGGUUCCAGACCUCUGGGAUGUAUUCACACACAGGCGCCAAACCAGAACUGAGCAGCUCCUGUGUUCAAAUGGCUAUUUUUAAUUCAGGCUCUGCAACCAGCUCAGUCCAGGGGUCAGAAGGUAGAAAUUCUGCCCUGUGUUUCCUCCACCCAUGAACUCAGCCAGCUGAUUUCACUGAUUAGUUCUACCUCCUGACUGAGGAAUCAUGCUAAUUAGCAAACCCAGGUGAUUGGAUCAAAAUACUGGGGGGGAAUUUUACUUUCCGAACCUGAAUUUUCCACCUGACUGUGUGUCCCACCUGUUAAUCUCUUUUCACUGAGAGUCAGGGGAGUGUGUGUGUGUGUGUGCGCGCGCGCACGUGUGUGUGUGGAAUGAGAAUAAAGUUUCCCUUUUCUGUAAGGUAUAACAUUUCUAUACACAAGCACUGGAGGUCUUACACAACGUGUCCUUUCGGUAUGGAUAUUCACUUGAAGAUCAAUUCUGAUUGGCUGCCUAAAAAAACAUACGCUCCGCUGAUUGGUUAAAAUGUAAACUGCCAUGCUACUGUGCACUUGAGAAUACCCACACCAAAUCCCCUCAUUGCGGGCCAUUCUUGGUCCCCUGUCUGUUCCUUUAAAGAAAGAAAAAAGAAAAAAAAAAGUUUAAAAUCGCAAUUAAAGGAAAUAUGUAUGAGCUAACUAUCAGUAUUAUUUUGGAUCUUUAGGUCUAAGCAUUUAUUUUGACUACUUUUUAAAGAGUCUUAAAAAUAAUCUGGAGAGGCCUACUGUGAAAGCAGGAGUCCUGGUCUGAGGCUCCGCCCCCCCCACCACCACAGAUUCGGUAACGCCCCUUUCCGCGCCAGUGUUACUGUGUGGGACCCGCUGCUGCUAACCAACUGACCGAAAGGGUUCGGGCCUGUCCAAAAUCACAGCGCCGAACUCCCUCUCCCUCGCAAAACACACUGCGUCUGACUCCUGCCCUCUUCCGGAACUUUGUGAGGUCAUCCUCUUUCCCAGGGUGCACUGGCUCAUUCUGUGUUCCGGAAUUUUCCCACUGAGACUGUUACUUUUCACCCAGCAUUUUUUUUUUCUCUGGCAUUUGUGUAGGAAGUAAGAGACUUGUUUAAACACUGGCCGAAUGUGCCAAAAAAAUGACCCGUCGUGUUAUUUUGGGGACGAGUGACACAAGACUGCUGUUUUAAAGGUGGCUUAUGGGACAGGGAGGGGGAGGAGGCUGUCUGUCAGAACAAGAAGGGAGUGAAAUUGAUCUUGACGUUUCAAUAAAAAAGUUCUACUUGUAUGAA